AGUAACGGGCCGUGUUACUUCAGCUAGUCGGCCAGUUGUUUCGUCGUUUGUUCGACAGCGAUUUCUUAAUGUGCAGAUUUCAACACGCGCUGAUGAUAUUCACAUCUGUUUUACUUAAAUUAAUGUGACUUGAAAAGCAAAGAAAAAUUAAGCAUCUUCUGAUGUUUAUUAAGAGCGAUGCGAUGGCUUAUUUCAUUCUAUUACUGUGUGACUAUCGUGAAUUCGCUUCGACUUGCCGCGUACAUAUCGUCCGGUGGUCUUCACGGCGAGAUACGAUUUGAGAAAACCGCGGAAUCCUCGGUACGAAUACGAUAUUCUCUGAAAGCAACCUUGGAAUAUCCGGAUCAGCAAUGGCUUUGGUCUGUCACUCAGUUCCCAGUCGAUUAUACAAUUAUCGAAGGCAGAUGCGACACGCGACACAUCGGGGAAAGUAUAAUCGACUUGACGGAAAAAGUCGGGCCUCUCGAAUUACCAUUGAAUCAAACAGGCUCGAUAGAAGUCGCGGAUUUGUCUUUAACUGGAGAAACGGGUUUGUGGGGAAAAGGUUUAGUGUUGAAAGAUACUUAUUCACCGAGGACAAUAUGCGCUUCGAUUACGGUACUCGAGAAAAAUAUUGAGAAGUUCGCCCAAGCACGUUUUUACGGUCCCGUAGCAGGAACAGUUUUGUUCCGAUGGUUGGGUGGUCAGGUGGGCGACGAGUCCACCGAUACGAUUAUUCAUACGAACUUGCAUCACGUGUACAAACAAAAAUUGCAAACGUUAAAUUACACCGAGCAUUAUUGGAAAAUAUAUGUCACCGACAUCUUCGAGACCGGCAAAGACAAAAACAACUGUAAUAUCCUUCAAAACGUAUUCGAUCCAAAUAACUUCGGCAUUGGAAAGUCUAUCGGAGACAUCGACGUGCGUUUGGGCAAAGUAAAAGUCGCCGCUAAUAUGCAGGGAAAAUACAAAACUUUCUACAGAGAUCCUGAAUUAUCUCUAUUGCCGACGGAUCUGCUCGGUCCGCAUCGUCACUUAUAUCUAGUUAUCUUUCAUCCUGUGCACGAAGAUUCGUUCUUAGCCUGUGCUAAAAUCAAUCAUCGCAAACCGAUACAUGUCAAGACCGUGAUCAAUUCACAUGGGAUUAAAGGGGAGAUAACGGCGAUCCAAGAAACAUCGUUCGAUCCAACAUGGGUUAAUGUUUCUUUGACAACCAUCAACGAUCUAGAGACCAGACUACGGUAUGCCACUAAAGUGGCGUCUUAUAGAAUACACGAAUUACCUCCAGAACCAGCGCGAAGCGUGAGAAUUACUGUUGAUCCGUGUUUGACUACCAAGAAACUGUAUAAUCCUUUGAACAUCGAUGAAAAGACUACUCCACCGGCAGGUUUUGGUUCUCAGGAUCAAUAUGCCAUCGGUGAUCUGUCUGGUAAGCUGCAAGGACGAAAGGAAGGUUCUUAUCAUAACGAUAUCUUGCCCGGAAGCGCCAAACUCAGCGGAAUCUACUGGGACACGUAUUUACCGCUCUCCGGAAUUCACAGCAUUGUUCACAGAUCUUUGGUUCUUUACAAAUACAAUGAGACCGAUAACAAGGGCGUGAUCCCAUGGGUAUGUGGUACAUUUGCGCAUUAUAUACCGCAUACGGAUUGGCAAAUACCGAUGUACACGGCGGAAGUGGUAUUCAGAUAUCCCAUAGUUGGGCGAAUACUUUUUCGACAGCCCAAGAACGAUAUCGAAAUGGACACCACUAUAAUAAUAGAGAAUCUUGUUCAUGCAGAUGGCAAUGCCGUAAACAACUCUGCAGGACACAGAUGGAUGGUGCACGACAAUUCACCAGGAAAAGACUUCUACAAUUGGACUGGUCGGUGUUUGAGUACUGGAUUAUCCUAUAAUCCAUAUAAGGUGGACUGGAAUCCAGAUAAACCUUGUUCGAUUUCGGAAAUGUCUUUAUGUCGCUUAGGUGAUUUAACAAGACACGGUACGCUCGAAAUUGCUGGUAGAAAGCUCUACGCCUCGAAAUUGACUCGACGACUUUUCACGGACACGAUGCUGCCUUUAUCAGGAGCUCAUACAUUGUUUGGCAAGAGUUUAGUUAUUUACGACGACCACGGUCCGGUUGCACGAGGAGACCGAUUGGCUUGUUCCAUUAUUGGUGGAGUUUAUCGACGUAAAGCAGUAGUUAGAGAUUGGUUUGGAAACGGCGAACAAAUAUCUCUGAAAGGAAAAUUAGAGCUCUUACAACAAACCGAAUACGACAUCACGAAUGUGGAAGUGUCGCUUGAAGGCCUUGCUGGAAAAAUGAGCGGUUAUCACAUACACAUGACACCUGUAGAGUACGAUUUGGAAUUUCCAUGCGAGGGAACAUCGCUCUACGGGCACUGGAAUCCGUUAGAUGUUAAUAUGAGCAACGUACUAGCGGCGGAGGAGGGUACGCUGGAUCAAUAUGAGAUAGGUGAUUUGAGCGGAAAAUUUGGUCCUUUGGAUAACAAGAAGAAAUAUGUAUCAAUAUUCAACGAUACGAUGUUACCCCUGUUUGGGCCGAGAAGCAUUCUGGGACGUAGUGUAGUGAUUCAUAAGAAAGAAAAGAAUUUGAGAUGGGCAUGUUCUACCGUAGAGAGAGGAUAUUCCCCGAACGAUGCUAGUGAAUUACGUGCUAUUGCAUCGUUCCAUCAUCCGCACGGCUUUUUGUACGGUUACAUAAAAAUGACGCAGCUCGUAUAUAAGGAUGGCAGUCAAAGCGAGACGGUAAUCGAAGUGAAUCUACGUCACCCCGGCAAACACGAUCGCAAUAUUACGAGAAAUCAUAAUUGGGCGAUAUACGUAAAUCCUGUGGGCGUGGACGCCGCGGUGAAAGUGGAAAAUACUCGAUGCGUGGCAGGUGGAUACACAUGGAAUCCCUACUUUACUCAAUUAGCUGAUCCGUUAAAUGAUGAUCUGUACAGACAAGAGUGCGGUCCGGAUUUACCACUACGAUGUUAUGUUGGUGAUAUAUCGUCUCGUCUAGGGCCCAUUAAUAUCGGAGAGAAACGACAAGUAUUCACGGAUCAAAAUUUCCCUCUGGGUGGACCAAUUUCCGCGUUGGGUAGGUCCAUCGUCAUUUUCGACAAGGAUUUUGGCACCAAUAGGUAUUCCUGCGCGAAUAUCGAGCCCGACAACGAUAUCGUGAAGUACGCGAAUAUCAGAAAACCACCGCGUUUUGUGGUGGCGCAAUUUUUGGAAGACGUGAGGAAAGUGAUGGGUAUUCCCGAAUGGAUGCUGUCUAUCGACAAUAGAAAAACCAGAACAUUGCACAAUGGCGCAUGCAUUCAAUUUCUUCUACAUUUCAAAGGUCCAAUUGCCAAUAUAUUAGAGCAAGAUUUCAGCAAACUCAUAUCCACCGGUAAGCUCGAUGCUCCCAGUUUAUAUAUUCCAGGAUACAUAGCGACAAAAAGGAAAAGUACCUUAGGACAUCGACAAUGUGGCGUACGUGAUCCGAAUGAUAAAGAUUUCAAUAUUUAUCGUAGCGCAUCCAACACGCCGCUACCGAAAAUAUUUCUAUUGUCGAUAAUCCUAAUUUUUAUAUAAAUUCUAAUAAUAAUUUUGUAUAUUUGAAGAAUUUUAGAAGAAUCGAAAAUAUAAAUGAAGUUUAUUUCAUAAGUAUGUGAUUUUCUUGAAAUAGACAUGACAUAAAAGUUAGAGUAAUUGGAUGGACAAUCGACUUUAUUAUGUAACAAUUACCAAGCAAUUAAAAAAAGUCAGUAAUAAUCAGAUUAAAUUAAUUUAAAAAAAUGAAACUACAUAAAUUCGUCGCAUGAAAUUAAAGCGCUCUUUUCUUAAUAAAAAACUUUUAAAUUACGUGUUAAUUACGUCAUGCACAUUAUUGCGAUUCAUUAGAUUACUGUUCUUAUAGAGAUCCAAUCAAGUGUGUAACGUAAUACGAAUGUCGAUGUAUUGCGAUAUUCGAAUCUGUAUUUAAAUAGAUUAUUUACUUGUACAUAAAUAGAUGUACGUAAAUUGCAUC